AAAUGGAACAAGCGUCACAUGUUUGAUGACAGCUAUGAUGCUUCUUUAUUUCUGGGGACUUUGGACACUGUCUUCAUGGUUUCUUACUCUGUGGGACUGUUUAUCAGUGGUGCACUUGGAGACCGGUUUGACUUAAGAAAAGUUCUAGCCAUAGGAAUGUGGCUUUCAGCUAUAAUGACCUUUCUUUUCGGAACACUGAGUGGCUGGUUAAAAAUCUAUAACUAUUAUUGGUAUGUGGCAUUCUGGUUGUUGGGAGGCUUAGCACAAUCCUCAGGUUGGCCAUGUGUUUUAGCCAUCAUUGGUAAUUGGUUUGGUAAGUCGAGUCGUGGACUGGUAACUGGUUUGUGGGGAGCUUCACCAUCUAUAGGAAAUAUAAUAGGUGCCUAUACUGUUGCUUCUGUUCUUCAUUUUGGUUACGAAUAUGCUUUCUUGGUGCCAGCUUUACUGAUGUUUGCUUGGGGGAUUGUGGUAUACUUCAGUGUUAUUCCUUCUCCUCGGGAUGUAGGUUUACCAGAUGUUGCUGAGGAUGAAGCUCUUAGUGGAGACCGAGAACCACUCCUUAGACCUGAUCAUCCUGGAUUUACAGAGAGUGCUGAUUCUGAUGAAAUACCUUUACUUUUAAGACCUGAUGCUAUAAGUUUUUGUCAUGCUCUUUUCAUUCCUGGAGUAAUACCUUACUCUUUAGCUUAUGCUUGCUUGAAGUUGGUCAACUAUUCUUUCUUCUUUUGGCUCCCAUAUUACCUCCAAAGUAAGUAUGGUUGGAAAGAAGCAGUAGCAGAUCGUCUCUCCGUGUGGUAUGAUGUUGGAGGAAUCAUAGGUGGUGUUUUAAUAGGUCUUGCUUCUGACAAAUUAGGAGUUCGAUCACCUUUAAUGGGUAUUAUGUUACUUCUUUCACCGCUGUCACUUUUCAUUUACAAAGGUAGGAAUAUAUAUGUGUAACAGUUGAUGUAGUUA